AUGGUCCAAACGGUCGCGAGUGACGCGCAGCUCGCGUUUCCAUGGCGCGAGUGCGUCCAAGGCUUUUUCCUACGCUACCCCAAUCCACAGGCCUCUCAUGUUCUCUCCGUCGACGUCGUAGCGCGGCGCAUCGAGGAGCGUGCGCCGCCUGAGCCAGGGCCGCUACCCCGCCUCGUGCUGUGCACGUCGCGCCUCAUCCUCAAGUCGGGCUCGCUACCGAGCUGGGUCCCGCGCAACAUUAUCCAGCAAACGACGUCAUGGGUGCUAGAGGACAGCGAAGUCGAUCUGAGUGCGGAGGCGCCCCGCGUCAUGUCCAUUUGGACCCGCAACUUGGACCACACAUCCGUCCUGGCCGUCACGGAGGCACUGACUUUGCGUGAAGAUGGCGCAUCGACGCGGAUGCACAUCGACGCCGACGUGCGCUCGGGCGUCUCAUUCCGCCUCCUGCGCCGCCGCAUCGAAAAGUUUGGACACAAGCGGUACCUGUCGCACAUGGAGUCGUCUCGCCACGGCCUCAUUUGGGCGAUUCUGCGCAUUGCGCCUCACCUUGUACAUACCCCUCAGCCCCAGGCGCCUGUGCCGUACCGCCAGCGCCUUUUGCAUGCGCUGCGCCCGCCGUUCCUCGAUGGAUACCCCCUGACGCCAUGGCAGUGGCUCAAGAAGCAGGGACGCCGGCUCCGCGACAAGUUUCGUCAGCGCCCCACAGAUACCCAGACGUAG